CAGCGAUAGCUGCGAUCCGUCAGCGCAUGCGCUUUGUUCAGAAGCGCCCGCCAUAUGCUAAUCACGGCGUUCUGGAGUACGGCCUCAGCAGGGAAUAUGCAAAUCAUCCCUUCAGCGCCGUAGGGCUCCUAUUGUCCCCCACUAAGAUUAUGCAAGUAAGCAAGCCUCAGGCACAGGAUCCAGGCCUAGCUGGUGCUCCCAAUCCCUGGCUCAUCCCAUUUUCUAGAAGGCGCUUUCUCGCUCGCUCACGCACGCGCAAGCCUUGCAGUUUCUUGUUCCGUUUUGCCGCGGACUGUACCAAGUAAACCCGGACAGCGAGGGGCAAAACCCGCAACCCCCUGCGCGGGCCUCGUCGAUGGCCCGACUCCGAGAGCCCCUCUUCCCACUGUGCGACGGGAAUGGUUCAUCUCGCCGCGCAAGCGCCCUAGGCUCUUCACGCCGCUUUGCACUCCCUCCUACCCGAUUUGCAGCGCAGGCGCAGAGCCCAGGCGUGCAGCCGCCGCCGCCGAGCCAGAGCGGGGGCAGCUAGCGCCGCAUCCCACUCUACCUGCCGACAUCCUGCAUUGGAGAACUUGUGACCCAGGUGUGACUGUGAAGAGCUGGCUGGGGAGGGACGCUGCCUAACUGCUGCUCUGCUCCUGUCUCCUGUUCCCUCCCCUGGCCAUGACAGAGACCCGUGAGCCAGCUGAGACUGGGGGCUAUGCCAGCUUGGAAGAAGACGAUGAGGACCUCUCUCCAGGCCCUGAACAUUCCUCUGACUCUGAAUAUACUCUCUCAGAGCCCGACUCCGAAGAGGAAGAAGAUGAGGAGGAGGAGGAGGAGGAGGCCACUGAUGAUCCUGAAUAUGACCCCGGCUACAAGGUGAAGCAGCGCCUGGGGGGCGGCCGGGGGGGCCCAUCCCGCCGGGCCCCCCGUGCAGCCCAGCCCCCAGGCCCCCCAGCCCAGCCCUGCCAGCUCUGUGGCCGCUCACCCCUGGGGGAGGCCCCACCGGGCACCCCGCCUUGCCGGCUCUGCUGCCCUGCUACAGCCCCCCAGGAAGCUCCAGCCCCUGAAGGCAGGGCCCCUGGGGAGGAAGAGGAGGAGCCGCCUCAGGCUGGGGAGGGCCGACCAGCUGGGAGGGAGGAGGACGAGGAGGAGGAGGAGGACGAGGAGGAGGAGGGCACCUACCACUGCACAGAGUGUGAGGACUCCUUCGACAACCUCGGGGAGCUGCAUGGGCACUUCAUGCUGCAUGCCCGGGGCGAGGUGUAGGCAGGGACCCCCCCAGGGAGCUUGGCAAGAGGGGCGGGGUGGGAGGAGGGGGUUGAGGAAACGGGGGUGAUCACAGCGAUCAUGGGGGACAGGGGUACCGCCGGUCUGUGUCGUCUUAGUGGUAGAUGUGUGAAGGCCAGAAUAAAAGCCAAAUUCUGUGUG